AUGUUAGGAAAAGAAAAGACUAUAGAUUGGGAACUUGGAUAUGCAAUGACUAUUCAUACCAUUGGUCAUGUAGAAUAUUUGGGCCAACUUAUUCGAAUUGAAGGUUUCCCAUUACCUCCUGAGAUUAAAGAUGCAAAAAAUAAGAAAGCAAUUGAGCGAUCCUUAAGACUAUUUAUUUCUGGAAAACUCGAUUGGGACGAAGCUGGAAAUCCAGACCAAUAG